AUGGCGGCCGAAGCAUCAUCAUCAUCCUCCUCAUCAAAGAUGAUAUCGCUGAAAACCGCAGACGGUGAGAUCUUCGAGGUGGAGCCAUCGAUUGCAAAACAGAUGCAAACCGUGCAGAACUUUAUUGAUGAUAUUGAUUCUAACGCGGUCAUUCCCCUCCCCGAAAUCAAAAGCCGAGAGCUCGUCAAUAUUAUCGAGUACUGCAAGCACCACCGCGCCGCGGACGAUGAUAAAGACGAGGCCAAUAAGGAUAAAGAAGAAGGGAAGGAUUUUGACGCGGAGUUCGCAAAGGCGCUGAGCUACGACGAGUUGUGGGGGCUGUGUUUGGCGGCGAACUACCUGAACAUGAAGGAGCUGCUUGAUUUUGUGACCCAGACCAUUGCCAAUGGGAUACAGAACAAAAAUGUGGAGUUCAUGAGGAAGCUCUUUGGUAUUAUUGACAUUGGUUACACGAAGGAGGAAGAGGAGGCGCUACGUCAAGAGAAUGCAUGGGCCUUUGAAGGCGUCGAUCCCGACGAGACGAUAAAUUAG